UCCCGCCCGGGCCGGUCCCGGGCGCCCCCUCCCUCCUUCCCCGCCGCGCCCCCGCCCCGCCGCCGGCAGCCGUGACCUUGCCAUCCCGCAGCCUUGGGGACAGCCCUGGGGACAGCCGCGCUGGAUCGGGGAGCCGCCGUGGGAUGUGAUAGCCGGCGGAUCGCACGGGAAUAUUUCUCCUGGGAAGGAGAGAGGCAGCCUCCUCCCGCGGUCGGGGGCCGUCAAGAAAAGCGGAUUUAAAGAGCAUCUUUGCCCCUUUGUUGGAUGAGAAGGACAGGGGAGGACCGGCAGGAUGAGCACUAGCACAGUUCCCUAUCAGCAAAACCCCUACACCCCUGGGAGCAGCUCCUCCGUGAUCCAGUGCUACCGCUGUGGGGACACCUGCAAGGGCGAGGUGGUGCGUGUCCAGAGCAAUCACUUCCACAUCCGCUGCUUCACCUGCCAAGUGUGCGGCUGCGACCUGGCACAGUCGGGCUUCUUCUUUAAGAACCAGGAGUACAUCUGCACCCACGACUACCAGCAGCUCUAUGGGACCCGCUGCGACAGCUGUGGGGACUUCAUCACUGGAGAGGUCAUCUCCGCCCUGGGGAGGACCUACCACCCCAAGUGCUUUGUCUGCAGCACCUGCAGGAAGCCCUUCCCCAUCGGAGACAAGGUCACAUUCAGCGGGAAGGACUGCGUCUGCCAAAACUGCUCCCACUCUCUCAUCAGCACCAAACCCAUCAAGAUCCACGGGCCGAGCCACUGUGCUGGCUGUAAGGAGGAGAUCAAGCAAGGCCAGUCCCUCCUGGCCCUGGAGAAGCAGUGGCACGUCAGCUGCUUCAAGUGCCAAACGUGUGGGAUCAUCCUCACUGGCGAGUACAUCAGCAAGGAUGGCAUCCCAUACUGUGAGUCUGACUACCAUGCCCAGUUCGGCAUCAAAUGCGAGACCUGUGACCGGUACAUCAGUGGCCGGGUCCUGGAGGCAGGAGGGAAGCACUACCACCCCACCUGUGCCAGAUGUGUCCGCUGCCACCAGAUGUUCACAGAAGGAGAGGAGAUGUACCUCACAGGCUCUGAAGUGUGGCACCCGAUCUGCAAGCAGGCGGCCAGAGCAGAGAAGAAGCUGAAGCACAGAAGGACGUCGGAAACCUCCAUCUCCCCUCCUGGUUCCAGCAUUGGCUCCCCAAACCGUGUCAUCUGCGCUAAAGUGGAUAAUGAGAUCCUUAAUUACAAAGACCUGGCAGCUCUUCCCAAGAUUAAAGCCAUCUACGAAGUGCAGCGUCCUGACCUCAUUUCCUACGAGCCCUAUCACAGAUACACGUCGGAUGAGACACUGGAGAGAUAUAGCUAUGGGGAGUCCCUGGGGACCCUCUCCCCAUACUCGCAGGACAUCUAUGAGAGCUUUGACACGCGGCAGAGGCGAGCCUCCAGCCCUGGCUACAUCGACUCCCCCACCUACAGCCGCCAGGGCAUGUCCCCCACCAUCCCCAGGUCCCCCCACCAUUUCUACCGCUCAGGCACCGAGAGUGGGCGCAGCUCCCCCUACUAUAGCCAGUUAGAUGUGAGGUCCUCCACUCCAACCUCAUACCAAGCACCCAAGCAUUUCCACAUCCCAGCUGCCGGCGAGAGUAACAUCUACCGGAAGCCCCCCAUCUACAAGCGCCAUGACAACCCCUCUGCAGCCACAAAAAGCAAAACCAGUGAAGACAUUGCGCAGUCAUCCAAGUACAGCCCUGCCUACUCUCCGGAUCCGUACUACCACUCCGAGUCAGAGUACUGGCCCUUCCAAGGCUCGCCCAAAGCACCCCGGGCCCGGAGGUUCUCGUCAGGUGGUGAGGAGGAUGGGUACGACCGGGGCAUGCACAAGAUCCAGAGUGGCAUUGGCAGGCUGAUCCUGAGGGAGGAGAUGAAGGCUCGGUCCAACUCCUAUGCAGACCCCUGGACACCCCCUCGCAGCUCGGCCAGCAGCAGAGAAGCCCUGCACACGACUGGCUAUGAGGGCUCCCUCAAUGGCUCUCCCAGAACCCACUACCUGGCCGACAGCGAUCCCCUCAUUUCUAAGUCGGCCUCCCUUCCUGCCUACAGGAGGAAUGGGCUGCACAGGCCUCCCAGCGCUGAGCUUUUCCACUACGACAGCACGAAUGCCGUCAACUGGGGGAUGCGAGAGUACAAGAUAUACCCCUAUGAGCUGCUCCUGGUGAAGACAAGGGGGAGGAACCAGCUGCCCAAAGAUGUGGACAGGACUCGGUUAGAGCGGCACCUUUCCCAGGAGGAAUUCUACCAGAUCUUCGGCAUGACCAUUGCUGAGUUCGACCGCCUGGCCCUGUGGAAGAGGAAUGAGCUGAAGAAGCAGGCCCGACUGUUUUAAAUGCAGUGCACUAUAAAUAUAUACAUACCUAUAAAUAUAUACAUAGAGAGAUCUCUAUAUUGCAGCUCUACAUGAUUCUCGGUGCUGUAUGGGGCAGAGGUGCCCUCUGCUCCCCUGAGAGUGAAUUGGAGUCUUGCAGAUCAUUUCAUGCUCUGUGUUUCCUUUACUUUUCCAACCUUGUUUCUGUAUCAAUCUGUGGGUUCUCCCCAGGGGCUAAAGCCACAUGGUUCCUGAAGCAC